CCAGUGAGCAGAAGUGUGAUAUUCACCAGCGAUGUGGGCAGAGGUUGGGGCUCCAGCUCCAACACUGUGUUCCUGUUUUCCAUGGGAAAAUGCCCCAUUUCCAGGUGGAGGGCAGAUCGUUGGCAUCCAGAAGCUUUUGUGUUCAGUAGCUGUCGGACUUUGUAGGUCAGACUGUGGCAAAAGAAGUGUUAGCACUUUCCCAAAACUAAAGGCAGGGUGUUUUUAGGAACUUGGAGUACAAAGGAGACAGUAAUGCAGGCAGAGGGAGGCACAGGCAUUCUUGGGUGCCUUAGCUAAUACUUCCUCAUUAUAGGAAACUAAAUCUACCUGGGAGUAUUUUUUUGAAUAAUUUAAAAAGGAAAAGGCUUUUGGGGGCAGUCCUUUCUGCAGCAAAUCUGGAAGUGGAUCUGGACCUCUCUUCUCACUUGUGUUUCUCCUGCAGAGUAGACCAAGCAAACAGCGUUCUGUGUCUCUCCUUAACUGCAUCUCUCCAUCUCCAGCCUUGGAGUGGAGGGGGAGGAGAAAGGGAGCUGCCAGCAGCUCUCAGUGAUUGAUUCGUCUCGUGUUUUCUUAUGCUGCGCUCUAACAACCUGUUUCAAAAAAAAAAAGAAAAAAUUACAAUGACAAAUCAAAGCAAAUAUUUUCUGGCUAGAAAUUCAAAGUGCCCUGGAUCAUCCCUGGGUAUUUUGCUAUUAAAUAUGUGGCUUUAUCCGUAACGUUUGUCUGGGAAUUUUUUUUUUUUCCUUUCCCUGCUGUAGCUUGCAGCGUUUAGAAGAGAAAUGUCUUUCCCCCGGAGCCAUUUGCUUCAAUAAUUGCUGUGGUGUGAAGCUGCUGUCACCAGAGGACGGGUCACAAAGCCCCACAUAAAGACCAGGAUCAGUUAGGACAAAAACCAGGGCAGCGUUCUCCUUGCUGUCCUGCUUGGAUAAAAUGCUGAAGAAUGGAAGAUCCACCAGGCACAGAGCAGCUAACCCAACUUCAAAAAUGUGACUCAUGUCCCCUCCAGCAAAAGGAUCAGGAGCAGUUCCUGGGUUGGUGCAAGAGCCCCACAGGACACAAAAGUGAUGAAGAUGAGAGGAACCUGGCUGGGUGUGUUCCUGGGACACCUGCUGGCUCUGGGACACGGGCACAAAUGGAGAAACAUGGUGGAUUCCAGAAAGGUCAGGCUGUUUGUCUGCCUGGUGGGGCUCAGCAGUGCCAGCCUCUGGGUUUUCUACGCCUGGACCGAAUUCUGCAUGUUCUGUGAGAGCAGCCAGGGUGACCUAUUCCCCACGGAGACUUUCAGGAGGAUGGAAGGGAACUUCUCCCAGCUCCCAGACGUUGACUGCCACAAGAACCCUCCUUUCCUUGUCCUGCUGGUGGCGUGCUCAUUCCAGCAGCUGGAUGCCAGGAUGGCCAUCCGGCACAGCUGGGGCAAGGAGAGGACAGUGGCUGGGAAGCGCCUGGUGACCUUGUUCCUCCUGGGGAGCCCUGGGGAUGCCAGCCAGCAGGCUGACAUCGCUGCUGAGAGCCAGAGCUACAGGGACAUCAUCCAGAAGAACUUCACAGACACCUAUUACAACCUGACCCUGAAGACCAUGAUGGGAAUCGAGUGGAUCCACAGGUUUUGCCCCCAGUCCAGCUUCGCGAUGAAAACCGACACGGACGUGUUUGUCAACGUUUUUUACCUCACUGAGCUGCUCCUGAGGAAAAAGAAGAGCACUGGAUUCUUCACAGGCUUUUUAAAACUGCACGAGUACCCCAUCAGGACAAGAGGGAGUAAGUGGUAUGUGAGUAGGCAAGAGUACCCAGGAACCACCUACCCACCCUUUUGUUCCGGGACUGGAUAUGUUUUAUCCAGCGAUGUAGCCAGCCAGAUCUAUAACAUUUCUGAGAGUGUUCCAUUCAUUAAACUGGAGGAUGUGUUCAUAGGGCUGUGCCUGGACAAAUUAAAAAUCCAGCUGGAGGAGCUUCACUCGGAGCAGACAUUUUUCCCAGAGAGGAUCAGGUUCUCUGUUCCUCGCUUUAGGAAAAUCGUGACGUGCCAUGGGAUCAAACCAUCUGAGCAGCUCAGCUACUGGAACCACUUAGUGGCAGCAACUCAAGGAUUGGUGCUCUAGCACCUACCCUGCUCCACUUCACAGACUGAAAUUCUCUGCUUUUACAGGGCUGCUCCCCACUCCAGCAAAAUCCCAAUUAACUCCAGCUCCAUCACUCCCAGUUAACUCCAUCCAGCUCCAUUAAAGACUUUAGAAAUGGUUAUUUUAAUCACAGAAUCAGAGAAUUGUUGAGUUUGGAAAAGACCUCCAAGAUCAUUGAGUUUGAUUAAAUCUUUCCUUUGAUUAAACACUACCUUGUCAACUAAACCUGA